AAAAAAAAAAUCCUGACAACAUCUAUUCAAACGUGUAUGGUCAGCAUCAUGAAGCUCUGGACACCUCUCCUCGUAACGCUCGUGUGUACGGUGCUCCUGUCUGUGCUGGGAGGAAUGAAGGAAAAGCAUACCCACGGGGAGGAAAUGUUACUUGCAGAGUGCUGGGGGGAGCCAAAGAUCCAUGAAUGUGCCAAGAAGUGUACCAGAACCUUUAAGUGCCUAGAAAGAAAUCACACGUGCUGCUGGACCUACUGUGGAAACAUCUGCUGGGAAAAUGCAGUAAUCAAUGAAAGACUGCUAAACCCCUAACCUCCCACUGGGAUACCCAUCUAUUCUCAUUGAGGGCUGGGCAGGAGUAAAUCCUUGGCAAAUAAACUCAUUUGCCAACA